AUGAACGUAAAGCGUGAGCCGGUGAAUUUCGGCGGUGGGCCUGGGGGGGAUUUGGGUCCCCCCGAUGGGAGUCCCCAUUGGAAGGGCAUGGAUGGCUCGCCUCACCCUCCGCAUCCUCCGCCACAUAGUUUGGGCGGACAUCCGGGCCAUCCUGCCCAUCCGGGACACCCACAUGGACCUCCGAUGGGUCCAGGUGGUCAGAUGCCCCCUCAUGGACCCCCUGGGCCUCCUAUGCAUUCGCCUCAUGGACCUCCUCCUCACCCGCAUAUGGUUCCCCAUCCACCACCAUUCCCAUCGAGACCUCCGCCUCGGCACCACGCGCAAUUCUUCGGCCAAACAGAGUAUCGAAUUUACGAGAUGAACAAGAGAUUAUCCCAGCGAACAGAGGACAGCGACAAUUUGUGGUGGGAUGCGUUUGCAACAGAAUUUUUCGAGGAUGACGCAACUCUGACCUUAACGUUUUGUCUGGAGGACGGGCCGAGGCGCUACACGAUAGGGCGAACCCUCAUCCCACGAUAUUUCCGCUCAAUUUUCGAUGGCGGUGUUAAUGAGCUGCAGUUCCAACUGAAGCAAGCGCGAGAGUCUUUUCAUAACUCGUUCAUCUCCCUCGACUGCGACCAAGCUUUCAUGCACACGACGCACGGCAAACCGUCAUCGCCUAUAUUCCCCGGUGGCCGUCCUGACCCGUUGAAGGACCAGGCGUCCCGAGACAAUGCAGUCUUGGUGGCGACGGAGGGCCGGCUGAUCGUCGAGUUCACAAUCGAAGAUAUCAUGAGGAUCAAAAGCUGGCACUUCGCCACCAGGACGCACCGGGAACUGGUGCCCAGGGCGCUCAUCGCACUGCAUCAGGACCCCCAGGUGAUGGACCAGAUGUCGAAGAACUGCACUCGGCAGGGCUUGACAGGUUCUACCUUAAACUACCUGCGGCUUUGUGUGAUCCUCGAGCCUAUGCAGGAGUUGAUGAGUCGGCACAAGGCAUACACACUGUCUCCACGGGACUGCCUGAAGACUACGCUCUUUCAAAAAUGGCAGCGGAUGGUCGCUCCACCAGCUCCCCCACCGGUCAGGGCUUCAAUGCCACCAAACGACAUGAAAAUGAUGCCCAACCCAGACUUAGAGUCUCAGAGACCUGCCUCCAAACGGCGAAAGCGGAAGACGUCCACGGCAACGACCGGUGCUGGCAGUAAAAAGAAGAAUAUGAGCCCGGGGCCCCCUCAACCCUUCAUGGGGGGACCUCCGGGCGGUCCAGGAUCGCAAGGUUACCCCACCCCACCGCCUCCACCGUUUCUGCGAGAGCAGGAUGUCAUGGUCGUGGGAGAGCCCUCAUUGAUGGGGGGAGAAUUCGGAGAUGAGGACGAGAGACUAAUAACGCGGUUAGAGAACACUCAAUACGAUGCGGCAGCAGCUCAACCACCUCCACCGAAUAAUGGUGGCGGAGUGCUUGGAGAUCCGGAGAAUGCAGGAGAAGAUUUUGGUUGGAACCCUGAUAGAGCUAGCGCGGGACCCGGUGGACCUCCUGAUGAGAAAAAAAGCCCUUCUCAAAACUCAUAA